AUUAACCACCUAUAUGUGUGCUGUUUAUGAGAAAAUGGUUGUGAUCUUCACUUUACUCCUACAAUUAUACGGGUUACUAAAGCACUACAUAAUUUACCUUCCAAAAUAUUAGGGGCAUCAAUAGCAAUUAGAAUUAGGAAGUGGGCAAGAGAAAGACAAUUGAAAGCCAUCUUCUCAUAAUGUAAUAUUUCAAGUAUUCAGGGCUUUUCUUAUUGCCUCCUAGGAGUGAACUUCUUCAAGUAAAUAUGCUCAAUUCCUCCGUGAUGAUGGAAUAUCUCCUGGUGGGGUUUUCUGAUGUAUGGGAACUACGGGUUUUGCAUGCCCUAUCCUUCUCCCUGAUAUAUUUAGUGACUCUCACUGGGAAUUUUCUCAUUGUUAUUGUCACCACCGUGAAUAAAAGCCUUCACUCUCCUAUGUACUUCUUCCUCAGGAAUCUGUCUGUCCUGGAUGUAUGCUACAUUUCUGUAACAGUCCCUAAUUCAUGUGUCAACUCCUUGCUUGACAGCAGUGUGAUUUCAAAGGCAGGGUGUGUAACUCAAGUUUUCCUAGUGGUUUUUUUUGCAUGUGUGGAGAUGCUGUUCCUCACCUUCAUGGCCCAUGACCGCUAUGUGGCCAUCUGCCAGCCUCUCCACUACCCUGUGAUCAUGAACCCUCAGGUCUGUGUCCAGAUGACACUGGGUUCCAUCUUCAGUGGUCUGGUCUACUCAGGAUUCCACACAGGCAUCACUUUCAGGCUGCCAUUUUGUCAGUCCAAUGUUAUUCAUCAGUUUUUCUGUGACAUUCCCUCUCUGCUGAAGCUCUCCUGCUCUGACACCUUCAGCAAUGAGGUGAUAAUCCUUGCUUCUGGUCUGGUGAUUGGUGGAGGCUGUUUCAUCUUCAUCAUCAGGUCUUACAUUCACAUAUUUUCUACUGUGCUCAGAUUUCCCAUUGGAGCCGACAGAGCAAAGGCCUUUUCUACCUGCGUUCCUCAUAUCCUUGUGGUGUUGGUUUUCCUCGGCUCAAGCUUCUAUGUGUAUCUAAGACCAUCUGCAAUCUCUGCAACCAUCCUGGAUAUGGUCCUUUCUGUGUUCUAUUCCGUAAUUCCUCCCUUAUUCAAUCCAAUUAUCUACAGUCUUAGAAAUGAACAAAUAAAACGUGCCAUCAGGAAAAUCACGAAAAAAUAUUUUAAUAGAAAAUUUAUAGGAAACUGCUUAGGUUCACCCUAA